AUGGUGGGCAAGAAAUCCGGAAAGGCGCUCCUACGGGAUGAGGGCCUCGAAAGGACGGAUAACAAUAUGGACCUCUCCAGCUGGCCUGUGAUUCCCGCCAUAAAUCAGAAAAACUACUACACCGACUACCUCAAGCGCGACGAUCAGUACCUAGCGUUCAGACUGCAAAAUGAAGAGAAUCGGAAUCGGAUGGCCAAAAAAGCCAAAGAUCGUGAUCGCGCCAUGGCAAUGGAAAAGGCCAAUGACUCAGGGAUAGCGGAACCGGAGGCGGAGAUGGACGGUGAUACAAAUAUGGAAGAAGCCGAAGAGGCUGCUACGGAAGCGAUAGGCUCAAAGGUCGUCGUUAUUCAUGUCGGCAGCCAGAAUCUGCGCAUUGGUUUAUCGAGUGACGCACUGCCGAAAACCGUCCCUAUGGUGAUAGCGCGAAAGUCAACUACCAACGAAGCCGAAGACCAAGAGGAGCCUCGCCCAAAGAGGUUGAAGCUGGAUGACGGUUCCGAGAUGGAGCCGGAGAAGAAGUUCGGCCCAGAGUUCUCUUCGCAAUAUACGACCAUGAUGGCCGACCUCAAAACGCACAUGCGUCAAAACAAGCGUCGGACUCUGCCGAACUCCAAGGAAAUGGUGAUCAACUAUAACCGACGGACAGUACCAGAGACAAUUUCAGAACACAACGAUCCAAUGCGAGUCGAAUGGACUGAAAUUCCAGACCCGGCACCCGAAUACAUCGUGGGACAACCGGCUUUACGGAUACCGGAUGAGUCAAAGCCCCGCUACAAGCUUUACUGGCCGAUAAAACAUGGGUGGUGUAAUGAGGAAGACUAUGAUAACAAGAGACUUCUGUUUCUUGACAUCUCGAUUAUCCUGGAGGAUGCGAUUAAGACCCAGCUGGGUCUCACAAGCAAGAAAGAUUGGCCGCAAUACUCCUGUGUGUUUGUGAUUCCAGACCUCUUCGACAAGUCAUACGUCACCCAGAUUCUUGAGAUGCUCAUGAGAGAGUUCUCGUUCGCUCGGGUGUGCUUCAUUCAGGAGAGCUUGGCGGCUACCUUUGGCGCUGGAUUUACCUCGGCCUGUGUCGUUGACAUUGGCGCGCAAAAGACAUCAAUAUGUUGCGUGGAGGAAGGGAUGUGUGUCGAAAACUCACGAGUGAACCUGAAAUAUGGUGGAGCCGAUGUGACCGAGCUGUUUAUCAAAAUGAUGCUUUACGAUCACUUCCCCUAUGAAGAGAUAAACCUCUGGCGCAGGUAUGACUUCCUGCUAGCCGAGGAGUUGAAAAAGAACGUAUGCACUAUGAACGAAGCCAGUGUUUCAGUGCAGGUUUUUGAUUUCCACCUUCGAGUUGCCGGCCAAGACACUCCUACUCCGAGCCGCUCGCAACAACUGAAUGCUCUCAGCCGCGUGCAGGAAGCCGAGGCCACCCCUCGCUCGUCUGUUGCAGGCUCUCCUGGGCCCGAAAGUACCCCGCAGGCUGGAGGCGCCGCAACCCCUGCGCCCGCUGGACAGGGCCAAAACACGUCUCAACCCCGUGCUCCCACGAUUGAGGAGCGAGAUGAUAUCCUCCCGGUGUACCCAUUAGACAAGGCAAUUCUCACCUCGAUCAUGCAUGCUGCUCGUUCAGACGAGCGCAAGAUGCGAGACUUCCUCGGUGGAAUCAUGGUCGUCGGUGGGGGAAGCCUGCCGAGCUUUGCCAAGGAGAUCAUGAUCGGUACGCCUCCAAGAGACCUUGAUCCGCAAGUAGUUGUGUGGAAGGGCGCCAGCGUGUUCGGGAAACUCAGUGGGACGAACGAUAGUUGGAUCAGCCAGCUAGAGUACGACCGUCUAGGACACCGUCUGCUUGCAUACAAAUGCAUGUGGGCUUACUGA